CUAACUGUGGUGUUAUGUAACUAGUUAAUAAGGUACAGAGAACACGGAAGAGCUGUGUGAUGAAGCUGAACAGCGGAAUGGAAACUCUGAUAUUUGGAAAUGUUUAGAGAAUUAAAGACACAUUUGGGACAAAAUGUGGAGGACAGAUGAAUGUAAAGAGUGUUUAUUUUAUCACCGGUGUGUGAGAGAGAGAGAGAGAGAGAGAGAGACAGACAGACUUAUAGAGCAGCAGCGGUGUGUAUGUGAAGUUUGAUUAGUCCUUCUUCUUUCAGUCAGCAGCUCACAGCUCGCUCUCCUGUCCUCAGCAGUCAGUGAAACAGGCAUUAAGCGGGCUAAGGCCCGGACAUUACAGCUCGGUUUGGGCUGGAGCUCGGGGGAUGUUGUCCGUGCUCUCCUGCGGUAGACUGCUGGCUCGGGCUGUCAUCAGCGGCCUUUCCCAAACAGACAGCCGCGACUACAGCCUCAUAUCGGCUAGCUUUGGAUAUGGCAAAGAUUUCCGGAAGGGUAUUUUAAAGAAAUGCAUGUGCUACGGGGAUGACGCCUGGUUCAUUGCGCGGCACAGAUCUGCUGAUGUUUUAGGUGUGGCUGAUGGAGUGGGUGGCUGGCGGGAUUAUGGAGUAGAUCCUUCUCUGUUUUCUGGAACCCUCAUGAGGACAUGUGAGAGAUUGGUCAAGGAAGGCCACUUUGUGCCUAGUAACCCUGUGGGAAUCCUCACUAAGAGUUAUUACGAGCUCCUUCAGAACAAAGUACCUCUAUUAGGGAGUAGCACAGCCUGUAUAGUGAUGCUGGACAGACAGAGUCACCGGCUUCACACUGCAAAUUUGGGAGAUUCUGGCUUCCUGGUCGUUCGAGGAGGGGAAGUAGUGCACAGGUCUGAUGAGCAGCAGCACUAUUUCAACACACCCUUCCAGCUUUCAAUCGCCCCUCCAGAGGCAGAGGGCUCUGUUCUUAGUGACAGUCCUGAAGCUGCAGACAGCACAUCCUUCGAUGUCCAGUUAGGAGACAUCAUCCUCACAGCCACAGAUGGGCUCUUUGACAACAUGCCUGACUAUAUGAUCUUACAAGAACUCAAAAAGCUCAAGAACACCAAUUAUGAGAGCAUCCAGCAGACAGCCAAGAGUAUUGCAGAACAGGCCCAUGUUUUAGCAUAUGACCCCAAUUACAUGUCACCUUUUGCACAGUUUGCUUGUGACAAUGGACUGAAUAUAAGAGGAGGAAAGCCAGAUGACAUCACUGUCCUACUGUCUAUCGUUGCUGAGUACACAGACUGAUGUGACUGCAGUGCUCGACUUGUCCUCUUCAUUAGAAUGGUCAUUGAUUCCUGCUGGCAGGAUGGGCAAAAAGUUUUCAUUUCUUUGCCAAGGACCAAACCCUGAUCCUCUUCAUUGGAUUUGAACAUAUCUUGUCUCACUCUGGCUUUUACAGCUUCAUGCAAACCAUUUAAAAUGAGAAAAAUUAUAAAUAUUAAAACAAUUGGAAUUGUUUUAUGAUGGGUUAGACCAAUCCGUUGAAUCUUAUAGUGCUCUCAUUAUAAACAUAGCAUGCAGUAACCCUUUUUGACAAGAUGUAAUAUAAAAAUGAGUAGCAAUGACAUUAACCCCUAUGCAGGAAUAUGCAACCUGAAAUUAACCAGUGAGAAUAUUAACAUUGUUCCAGGAGGGAGAUGUGUGGAGAUGAUCAUGAAAAAUUGCAUCAUUAUGCCAGGAGAGGCCUAUCUGACCUGAGACAAGGUAGGACUCUAAGAAGUCAUGAUACCAAUAGCAAACCCAUAGGACAGCAACUCAUUAUGAAUCUCUGAAAAUGGCCAGAUUGGCCAUAAGGUAUCAAUUUAAAAAGCCAUUUUUAACAAGCUUGUGUAUAUCUUUAGUCAGUCUGGCUGUAAUCUGGCUCUGCAUUGAUGUAUAACACCACAAUUCAGGAACCAGGGUAAAGAGGAGUUGUACUAACAUGGAUAAGGAGACAAUUUCAGUGUGUUAAGUUUUUUGUUUACUUGUUCUCUCUCUCUCUCUUUUUUUUUUUUUUUUUAAAUUAAUAUAUUAAAUAUUGUAUUAGAGUAGAGUUUCUCCACACAAUAUGGGUUGUUAGGUAAUAAUGCAAGAGCCUGCAAGGUUUUAUCUUAUGAGGAAAAAACCCUUUCAUGCUCUGUUAACCACUUUGAAGAUUCACAUGCUUGUGUGUGCGCACACAUGUGGACUUGAGCGAUAUACUGUAUGUAAAAGGUAAAUACAAACUUGCUGUAUAUCUGUGUAUGCAUUAGGAAACAUACCAUUGUAUAUGAAUAUAACUUAUAUUUUUUAAGUGUAAAUUGUGUGUUAAAAUGUUUCUUCCUCAGCUUUUUGUAAUUGUAAUUUUAAAUAUUCCUUGAGGUGUACAUUGUUAAUGCACAGGGCAAAUGCUAGCAUCUCUGAAUGCCUUAAGCAGAUGUGUGUCAUAUGAUCUAAUAAAGGUCUAUUUUUCUAA